AUGAUUGUUGACAUUCUUCAUCUCAGAGCAGGAGCACAUCUUGUUCAUUCAGAUUCAAGGAUAAUCGGGUACAGUUUGCCUGCUGCUAAGACUAUUGCACUGUCUGUCAAGAUGUAUAAAGAACCGGGAAUCUGGGAAAGUGCCAAAGUACUCUUCAGGUGGGUUGGUCUAGGUAGACGGCCAAGAGCUCAUCGUUUUUCUCACUCUACUGCCACUGGUACAAUGGCACCUCAACCACAACCGCUAACCAAGCACACUCCCGACAUCGAGGCUCUACUAAGUCUCAAUCCAAAAACACAUACCCAAGCGAGGGUUGUACCCAGUUACGAAACCAAGAAGAACAAACACAACUGGAAAAGGAAUGCGGACAAGUGUGCCACUUGUGGCCCAGAUCUCGUCAACGACUUCAGGGAUAUCAAACACACAACGCUAAGUGAGCGAGGUGCACUUCGCGAAGCUUUACGGUGUCUAAAAUGCGCCGAUGCUCCUUGCCAGAAAAGCUGUCCCACACAAUUGGACGUAAAGGCCUUCAUAACCAGCAUUUCAAAUAAGAACUACUAUGGAGCAGCUCGACAGAUCUUGAGUGAUAAUCCGCUCGGUUUGACUUGUGGAAUGAUUUGUCCAACGUCGGAUCUAUGCGUCGGUUCGUGCAACCUUCAAGCUACUGAGGAAGGAGCCAUAAAUAUCGGAGGACUCCAACAGUUUGCAUGUGACGUCUUCAAAAAAAUGAACAUUCGACAAAUUGUCUCUAAAGAAAUUCGCGAAAAUAGGAACAAAUCCCACGAGUCUCCUAUUGCUCUGAUAGGAUGCGGUCCUGCUUCGAUCUCUUGCGCAUCGUUCUUGGCUCGGCUAGGCUACACUGACAUUACUAUCUAUGAGAAGAAAGACUAUGUUGGAGGAUUAAGUUCAUCCGAAAUUCCACAGUUCCGUCUUCCAUAUGAUGUUGUGGACUUCGAAAUACAGCUAGCAAAAGACAUUGGCGUGAAAAUCGUGACUGGACGAGCACUACAUAAGAAUGACCUCACAGUAGAGAAGCUCAAGGCAGACGGUGCCAAAGCUGUUUUUAUUGGAAUUGGAAUGCCCGAGCCCAAGAAAAUCAGCGUCUUCGAAGGCCUCAAUCAAAGUCACGGAUUCUACACAAGCAAGGACUUCCUUCCCAUCAUAGCAGCCGCGAGCAAACCCGGAAUGUGCGCAUGUUCUGCGAAGCAGCUACCUUCUAUGAAGGGAAGAGUGAUUGUACUUGGUGCUGGUGACACUGCUUUCGACUGCGCUACUUCUGCACUUAGGGCUGGAGCUUCAAGAGUGACUGUUGUGUUCCGUAAGGGGUUCACCGGAAUUCGCGCCGUGCCAGAAGAGAUGGAUGCAGCCCGUGAAGAAAAAUGCGAGUUCUUGCCUUACUGCUCUCCGAGAGCUGUCAACAUCAAAGAUGGCAAAAUCGUGUCAAUGAAAUUCGUUAAGACAGAGAAGGAUGAUGCUGGAAAUUGGUAUGAGGACGAGGAACAAACGCUCACGAUCAAGGCUGACUACGUAAUUUCUGCCUUCGGAUCUACCCUCUUGGAUAAAGAUGUGAUCGAGGCGAUGGCACCGGUGAAGAUGACUAAGCGAGGUAUUCCUGAAGUGAACAGAACUGAUCAGACGACAAGUGUACCAUGGGUAUUCGCUGGAGGUGAUUGCGCAGGAGUGGCCGAGACCACUGUUGAAUCUGUUAAUGAUGGCAAGGUGGCAGCGUGGUCAAUCCAUAAAUACUUGCAAUCAUUGCAUGGUAAUGAUGUCGGAGACAAGCCGAAGUUGCCAAUGUUCUACACACCCAUCGAUGAGGUCGACAUAUCAGUAGAAAUGUGUGGCGUAAAGUUCGAAAAUCCAUUUGGAUUGGCUUCAGCUCCGCCAACGACAUCGGGAGCGAUGUGUCGAAGAGCGUUCGAGCAAGGCUGGGGAUUCGUGCUGACAAAAACAUUUGGUCUUGAUAAGGAUUUAGUCACAAACGUAUCCCCUCGAAUUGUCCGGGGAUCGACUUCAGGACCAAUCUAUGGCCCGAAUCAGGGAUCUUUCCUGAAUAUCGAGCUUAUUUCCGAAAAAUCAGCUGCAUAUUGGCUGCAGUGCAUCAGAGAACUCAAGCACGAUUUCCCAACGAAAAUCGUCAUCGCAUCCAUUAUGUGCACCUUCAAUAAGGAAGAUUGGGAAACUCUUGCUAAACAGAGCGAGGAAGCAGGCGCUGAUAUUCUCGAACUGAAUUUGUCGUGCCCUCAUGGAAUGGGAGAAAAAGGAAUGGGUCUCGCAUGCGGUCAAGAUCCGGACAUUGUCCGGACAAUAUGCUCGUGGAUCAAACAAGCUGUAAAGAUUCCUUUCUUCCCUAAAAUGACUCCUAACAUCACCGAUAUCCGUACUAUCGCUGCAGCAGCUAAAGAAGGUGGAGCGAGCGGUGUCACUGCCACAAAUACCGUAUCUGGCCUGAUGCACAUGAAGGCCGAUGGUACCUCCUGGCCUGCCGUUGGUGAAGAAAAGAGGACAACUUAUGGUGGAAUGUCUGGCUCGGCGAUUCGUCCUAUUGCCCUCAAAGCAGUUUCAGCCAUAGCAAGAGACUUGAAAGGCUUCCCGAUUAUGGCCACUGGUGGCAUAGAGAGUGCUGAAACUGGUCUCGCAUUCCUCAACGCUGGAGCCUCAGUUUUGCAAGUUUGCUCUGCUGUACAAAACCAAGACUACACCGUUGUGGAAGAUUACUGCACUGGCUUACGAGCACUUCUCUAUCUGAAAGCAGCUCAACCUUUGCAAAGCUGGGAUGGACAAAGCCCGCCUGUUGAAAAACAUCAGAAAGGCAAACCUGUUCUGCUCAAGGAUUCAGGAAUACCAUUCUUUGGGAAUUACCGUACAGAGCGUGAAAAACUUGAGAAAGGCACAUUUACCAAGGGUACUCCUGUGUCGAUGACUGGCGACUUCGCAUCUCGUCCAGACAUGCCCGUUGGGAAGAUUCCUACAGUUCAUGACGUUAUCGGCCAUGCACUGCCACGGAUCGGCCCUUAUGUCACGCUAGACAAUAAACAACAGAAGGUUGCGCUCAUCGACGACGACUUGUGCAUCAAUUGCGGCAAAUGCUAUAUGACUUGUAAUGACUCGGGUUAUCAAGCAAUUUCGUUCAACGGAACCACUCAUCAGCCAAAGGUCAAUGAAGACGACUGCACCGGAUGCACACUUUGCUACAGCGUAUGCCCGAUACCGGAAUGUAUACAAAUGGUCCCAAGGACAGGACCAUGGAAAGCGCCAAAACGUGGUGUGACACCGAAGUUCGAACCUGGCACACCAAAAGUUGUGCCGGUCGACUCAGAGGGAAAUGUUAUUGUUGCUAAUUGAAGUUCUCUGUUGAAUGAAGAUAUAACUUGAUCUUGCAUUCGUACGCAGAGUGAAAAGAACUUUC